AUGCCUCCCGUCUCUGCUUCCAAGGCCAAGCGUCAGGCCGAGAAGGCCGCCAAAGCAGCCGCCAAGGGCUCGUCCAAGGGAUCCUCCAAGUCUGGCACCACCAACGGCACCUCCGAGACGCCACUGACCAAUGACUCGGCCAACACCUCGGUCGAGGAGCUCAACAUGAAGAAGCUCAACCUUGCCACGGAGCGAAACGCCUCUGGUGUGCUCACUUCGGACAAGCACGGCCGUGAUAUCCACAUCGACAACUUCACCAUGUCCUUCCACGGUCGCCUGCUCAUCGACACGGCCACCAUCAACCUCAACUACGGCCAGCGUUACGGUCUUCUCGGUGACAACGGUUCGGGCAAGACCACUUUCCUUGCCGCCCUUGCUGCCCGUGACGUCGAGAUUCCCGACCACAUCGACAUCCACAUUGUCUCUGGUGAAGCCGAGCCCUCUGAGGUCAACGCCGUCGACUACAUUGUCGCCUCGGCCAAGGCCAAGGUCGCCAAGCUGGAAAAGGAGAUCGAGGACCUCUCGGUGGCCGACAACAUCGACGAGGUCACCCUCGAGAUGAAGUACGAGGAGCUCGAGGAGCUUGACCCCAGCACCUUUGAGACCAAGGCCGGCAUGAUCUUGCACGGUCUCGGUUUCUCGCCCGAGAUGAUGAGGAAGCCCACCAAGGACAUGUCCGGUGGUUGGAGGAUGCGUGUCACGCUCGCCAAGGCGCUCUUCAUCAAGCCGCACCUCUUGCUCCUCGACGAGCCCACCAACCACUUGGACUUGGAAGCCGUCGUCUGGCUCGAGGCAUACCUCUCCACCUACAACCACAUUCUUGUGCUCACCUCGCACUCGGCCGAUUUCAUGGACUCGGUUUGCACCAACAUCCUCGACUUGACGCCCCAGAAGAAGUUCUUGACCUAUGGUGGUAACUACUCGACCUAUGUCCGAACCAAGGAGGAGAACGAGACGAACCAGAUGAAGGCCUACGCCAAGCAGCAGGAAGAAAUUGCCCACAUCAAGAAGUUCAUCGCCUCCGCCGGUACCUACGCCAACUUGGUCAAGCAGGCCAAGUCCAAGCAGAAGAUCAUCGACAAGAUGGAGGCUGCUGGUCUCAUCGAGCCCGUCUGGGCGCCCAAGCCGCUGCGCUUCAACUUUGAGGAUGUGCGCAAGAUGCCUCCUCCCAUUAUCGCUUUCAGCGAUGUUGCCUUUUCGUACAGCGGCAAGAAGGAGGACUACCUGUACAAGGAUCUCAGCUUCGGUAUCGACAUGGACUCGAGAGUCGCCAUUGUCGGUCAGAACGGUACGGGUAAGUCGACGCUGUUGAACCUCAUCACUGGCGCGCUCAACCCGUGCGAGGGUACCGUGCAGAGGCACGCCGGUCUCAAGCUGGGCAAAUACUCGCAGCACUCUGCGGACCAGCUGCCGUACGAAAAGUCGCCGCUCGAGUACAUGGAGUCCAAGUACAAGGAGAAGUUCCCGGACAAGGACCUCCAGUUCUGGCGUGGACAGCUGGGCCGAUUCGGUCUUUCGGGUGCCCAUCAGACUGCGCCUAUCCGCACGCUCUCGGACGGUCUGCGUAACCGCGUCGUCUUCUCGCAGUUGGCCAUGGAGCAGCCGCACGUCUUGCUGCUCGACGAGCCGACGAACCACUUGGACAUGGGCUCGAUCGACGCGCUCGCCCAGGCGAUCAAGGAGUUCGAGGGCGGUGUCGUGAUCGUCUCGCACGACUUCCGAUUGAUCAGCCAGGUCGCCCAGGAUCUGUGGGAGGUCAAGGACAGGAAGAUUGUCAACCUCUCGACACAGGACGUCUCGAUCCAGGACUACAAGAAGCAGCUCGCCAAGAACUCGGCGGAGGCCAUCGAGAGGGCUAAGCUCUUCGCCAAGGGUAAGGCGUAG